CAUUUGAAGGCUACCAAUUUCCCUGCAAAUUUGCUUCGAAUAGGAACGUGGGAGUGGAGAGCAAUGUAUGAAGGAGACGUGAUUGUGAAGAUAUACUACGCGAAGAAAAAAAUUGUUUGGGAGAUUCUACAAAGACCAUUGAAGAAAAAGAUCGAAAUUCAAUGGUCUGAUAUUAGUGCAAUUCGAGCCAGUAUGCCUGAUAAUGAAGUAGCAACUUUGGAAAUUGAGUUGAAUCAGCCUCCUUUGUUCUAUUGCGAAACCGAUCCACAACCGCGAAAACAUUCUGCUUGGAAACCUUGGUUUGAUUUUACAGGAGGUCAAGCUUCCUUCUGGAGGAGACACUAUGUUCAAUUCGCUCCCAAAACCCUCGAUAAACACUACCAAAAGCUUUUGCAAAGUGACGAACGAUUAUUUUCAUUGAGCCAUGAGCUCUUCCCAAGCCAAGAAUCCACUUUUUACUCUUUCGAUACCAUAUCGGAAUUUCUCCCUCAAAUGCAAUAUCCAUAUCCAACUUAUAUCACACCAAUAACAAUGGAACCUCAUAUGUUUCGUUCAAAUUCAACAUCAGGGAUUGUGACUCAAAACCAGACUGUUUGGGGACAAGCAGAAAAUAUUCAAGAUGCAUCAUCUAUUAAUUUGGUAACACAAUCUUCCAAUCUAGUUUUCGACUAUCCUUACUCGGAUUAUGUGGGAGAUGCAAAUAUAUCUAAUCCGUUAGAUGUAAAUCCUAAUGAUCAAGUGAUUCAGAAUGGCAUUGAAAAUUCCAUAUCAGAUGGUUUCCGUCCACAAUCUAUAAAUUGGAUAGCUCAAGAAUCUAUAGAAAACCUUGUGUUGCAACCAGAAGUAAACAACUCGAUUGAUCCAUUUGAAUUUGAAGGAUUGAUAAAUGGAGAUUAUUCUACUUGGAAUUCUAAUCCGAAUAUUUUCGGGCUUUUCCUUUCGUAAAUAGACUUGUUCUUCUUCCCUUUGCGGAAAAUCCUCAAAUGGGAAAGAA